CCCACACCCGCCGGCCAAAAUCCCAGAGUGGAUUAGCAGAGAGAGCCUCCUCUUCAAGCGACAACUGUAUCCUCACCUCACGUCUCCUAGGCCUCCAACCCCACCACCAACAACGACGACGAAAGCUCCCGAAUCGAUCGAUACCUCGAGAGUCACGAGCUCAUUAGGGGACCAAACAACAAGCGGCGACCACAGAUAAUCCUCCAGAUAAUACCACACCACCCCCAGACAAACCACAACCAUGUCGCACCCACGCAUAGAGGAGGUCGAAGACAGCGACCUCGAGGCAUCAGACCCCUCCGAGGGCGACAUUGACGACUUUGCCGACAACGACAUCAUGCGCCGCGUCGAGCCCAAAUCAUCAGCACAGCGCGCACCGCAAAUCAACCCCUCCAACAUUCCCCCCGCCGCCGCCUCCGGCCCAGGCCCUCGCGGCGGCUCCUCCGAGUUCCAAACGACCGUCGACCAGAAGCAAUACGCAGACUUCCAGUGCCUCUACCCAAUCUACUUUGACGCCCGCCGCACCCGCGCCGAGGGCCGCCGCGUGCCCAAGUCCCUGGCCGUAGAGAACCCCAUCGCCCGCGAAAUCGUAAACGCCUGCGCCGCCCUCCGCCUGCCCACGCUCUUCGAGCCGGCCAAAUUCCACCCAAAGGACUGGGCGAACCCGGGCCGCGUCAAGAUCCGCACGCGCUUCAACGGCCAGCUCGGCCCGGACGGCGGCAAAGCCAGCGCCGCGAGCCGCCCCGCGGGUGCGCAGGAGAUCAAGAACAAGCACCACCUGUACAUCCUCGUCGCCGAGCACCUCAAGCGCAACCCGACGACGGAGGAGAGCGCCGCUCUCAAAGCGCGCGUGCAGGGCGCCCCCGCGCACGAUCCCAGCAAGCCGUGGCCUAGGCCUGCCGUCCCGCGCGGGUGGAAGAUGGGCGAGCUGUUGCCGUACAUCAGUCCUGCCAUGACGGGCGGCGGCGUCAGCGAGAAUUUGUUCAAGGACAUGAUGAAGGAGAUGCAGGGGGGCGGGGACCCGAUGGCGGCGUUGAUGCAGCAGGCUCAGGGGGGCGCUUUGGGUGGUGGCGGCGCUGAGGAGGAGAAGGCUGGUAAGAAGAAGAAGGGCAAGGGCAAGGCUUGAAGUGGACUGUCAAAGAGAGAGUGAGAGAGUAAGAGAGAAGAAAGUCAUAAAAAGGGAAACCGGGAAUGGACUUCAUUCAAGGAGUCAGUCCUACGCAUCAUGAAAAAUACACCACGGACAACGGUCAGUGGUCGACAGUUAAGCGACAUCACGGAGGGACAAAGAAAGGGUCGUAGAAAAAGGCUGAGGGAACCAACCCAAUCAAAGCAUGCUAGACUUGAAGAAUAAGGUUGGGAUUCAGGGGGUAUUUAACAUCCUACU